AUGACGGAUGAAGAGCAACUGGCGGCCACGAAGGCAAGUGCAGAUGAGGCUAUCAAGAUCGCGGCAAAGAGCAAGGGCAUCGCAGAGGGCGACACCGUGUUCUUGAUGAACCUGAUGAAGGCAAUUGCCUUGGAGGAGGUGGCAGUCAACGUGCAGACGGCCUUCCAGGUGAAGGCGAGAGAGAUGAAACAUGCGAAGAAAUACCGGACGGCCAAGCAGGCAAAGAUGGAAAUUAUUUCGAAGCUGGCACAGAAGGAGAUUCAGAAGGCAGAGCAAAAGGGACAUGCCAAGCGGAUCCCCGACGUCGUUGUGCAAGUCGAAGAGGGUGAUGCGGCCGAUGACCAGAAGCUCGAUGUGGACCAGCUUAUCGAAGAUGAGCUGGCCGGGCAGAAAUCAGAAGCCUAUGCAUCGCCCAAGUCCGAAGCUUCCUUCCUGCCCCCGCUGCUCGGGGGCUAG